UACUCUUUUUUGUUUAAAAAAAAGAAAAAGAAAAAAACAGAGAGGAAGAGGAAGAUUGAUGGGGCGAUACGGCGUCGAAGCGGCAAUGAUAUCGUACAAGGUGAACGGCGAAGCCAAUGGUUGGCGUGACAUUAACGAUUCAACGCUCUGGCAGGAUCGCAUUUUUCACAUCCUCGCCGCCCUUUACUUUCUCGUCGCCAUCGUUGCUCUUGUUCAAUUGAUACGGAUACAUUUGAGAGUUCCUGAGUUUAGUUGGACCACGCAGAAGGUCUUCCAUUUACUAAAUUUUCUGGUGAAUGGGGUUCGUGGGCUAGUCUUUGUUUUCAGGCGGAAUGUGCAAGGCUUGCAUCCAGAGAUUGUUCAACAUAUCUUGCUGGACAUGCCAAGUCUAGCCUUCUUCACGACAUAUGCACUUCUGGUUUUGUUUUGGGCUGAGAUCUACUACCAGGCACGAGCCGAAUCAACUGAUGGACUUAGGCCAAUUUUCCUUGCACUAAAUGCGGUGGUUUAUACUAUUCAGAUUGCAAUGUGGCUGGUAUUAUGCUGGAAGUAUAUCCCAAUUUUGGUCAUUAUAUCGAAGAUGUUCUUUGCUGGUGUGUCAUUGUUUGCAGCCCUUGGGUUUUUACUAUUUGGUGGAAGGCUUUUCUUAAUGUUGCAGCGGUUCCCUGUAGAGUCCCAAGGGCGACGUAAUAAGCUACAAGAAGUUGGUUAUGUGACCAUCAUAUGUGUCUCGUGUUUCUUAGUCAGAUGCAUUAUGAUGUGUUUUUCUGCAUUUGACAAAGCUGCUGAUCUUGAUGUUCUGAGCCAUCCAGUUCUAAACUUCAUUUAUUAUCUGUUGGUGGAGAUAUUACCUUCAACUUUGGUCCUUUUCAUUCUGCGGAAGCUGCCACCAAGACGAGGUAUUACGCAGUAUCAUCCGAUACACUGAUCUUCACAGGUCAACGAUGACACGGCAGCAAGAACCAAUCACAGUGAUGAUUUUCAGCAUAGCUUCUGUACCCUGUAAAGUAAGCAGAAAAAGCAAAAUAGGUACAUGAAUUCUACAACUUUUUUAAUCCGUUGAAAAUAAGGAAGGUUGGAGAUUCUGAUGAUAAAUGGAUACCAUUUUGCAAGAGCCUGCCUGCGUGUACUAACAAAUAUUUAUCUAUGUAUGUAAAGCUCUUGUGGAAUACAUAGAUGAAACAGAGACAUGCAUA